CUGGGAAGCUGCUUAGGGUGUGUGUCGUGUCCCGGGGCUGCGCUUGGUGAUUAUGCGCGCCGUGGAAACACCGCCUCCUGCCCCUCCUCUGGCUCCAGCUCGCAGGGCGAAGAAUUGUCGCCGGCACCACUGCGGGUCAGAUUAUCCCCGCGGCCGAACCGGACGUCGGGAUGUUGGAAGAUUGUGUUUUCUUGGCGCUGGUUACCGUCUUGGGCGUGCUAGAGCAAGCGUACUUUUCGCUUCAAGUCAUCUACGCAAGGAGGAAGUUCCAUGUCUCGCCGCCCUGUGUCAGUGGCAAUGUGGACUUUGAGAGAGUGUACCGAGCACAAACCAAUUCCACGGAGUAUUUCCCAAUGUUCCUGAGUGUCCUUUGGAUUGCUGGGAUCUUUUUCAGUCAGGCACUCGCGACAUGCAUUGGAGUCCUCUACCUGGGCGGCAGGUACAAGUACUUCGAAGGCUAUGCUGAAUCAGCUCAAAAGAGGUUACCCCCACUAUACUUCAGUGCCAAGAUGCUGUGGAUUCUUGUCGGAAUGUCCUCAGUUGGUGUCCUGAGCCAACUUUUGUCUCAGUACCUGGGCUACAAUCCCAUGGCAUCAGCAAAAUCUCUCCUUCCAUUCUAAGCAGACGCUUUUUCCAGCAGAACCAUUCUGGGCCAAGGAUCUCGAGGAGACCUCUCCCAUAUGUUAAUGUGAUGGACUAAUCCAACUACAGCCUUGUGUGGGCUCUCCUCUCCCAGCCAAAGUGUCUGGGGUUGUAGCUGUGCAGCAGACAGCCACAAGAAUCCUCACCCUUGAAAACCCCACUCCCGUCAUCACAGGUUUCCUUCACAGAAUCGGCAGGCCUCUGCGAUCAGUGCAAAAACAUGUAAGAGCAAAUAAAUUCGACAGAUACAUUUA